AUGUCUCUGUCUUCAGCUUCAGCAAGUGGAUUACAAAGAAGACGAAAUGCUGGAGCUCUUAAUUCAAAUUCUUCCUCGAACGAGAAUAAUAUGCCGACAACACAAGAUCGAACCCUUUCAAGUGGUGUUAGGAUUGCAGUUGAUCCUAAUGAAAUACUUGACGAUGAAGACAAGAAACAACCCAAUUUAACACUCAUGGAAGAAGUUCUUUUAUUAGGUUUAAAAGAUAAACAG